AUGACUGCAGAAGCCCUUCUAGAUAGCGGAUCUAACUCCAGCUCGACGAACUCCCUGUUUUCGCUCAACAAGCGAGACAGCUAUUCCAGCAUUGUCGAUCACUACCUGGGUGAGGUCGACGACGAAUCUAGUGCUCUCACGUUGCAGUACGCCAGCCGGGGCCGUCGAUUCUCAUCCGUUUCCCAGGCUCCUCCACAGCUUCCCGCGGCGGAUGACAAACUUGUGGUGAUUUUGGUGGGUCUGCCAGCCAGUGGCAAGUCCACCAUUUCGAACCAUUUGAUACAGCAUUUCAACCAGGAUAACCGCACAGUGCACCUGCGCUGUAAGACGUUCAAUGCCGGUCAGACUAGACGGAAGCUUAGCUGUCGGAGCGGAGUCAUGAAACUGGCCAACAAAUCGGCGGACGACUUGUUCAACCCCAAAAACUCGCAGAAAAAGGACCAGUACGCCAAGCUCACUCUAGACCAGAUGUUCUCAGAGUUGGACGACGAUACGUGCGAUGUGGCUAUUUUCGAUGCCACUAAUUCGACGGAACAGAGACGUGCGUUCAUAUUUGAACGGCUGCGUCUCUACAACGCGGAUAUGAACCGCAACUAUCAGAUUACCCCAGUGGUACUCCAGGUUUCUUGCACCGAUCGCGCUUUCGUCCGCUAUAACAUACACAACAAAACUUUCAACCAGGAUUAUUUUGACAAGCCUUACGAAUUUGCCGUUCGUGAUUUUGCCAAGCGCUUAGCUUAUUACCACUCUCAAUACAUUCCAUUCACCAGUGGCGAGUUCAACACUCAAGUUACGGAGGGAAAAGUUAUAGGGGAGGAUAACGGGCUGUUCUGGUUCAGCGUUAUCAACGCAGGUCAUUCCAGUUCUUCAGAGUCUCUCGAAAAACACUUCCCCCCAAAAGCCACGCACUACCUGGGAGAAUUGAUAGGCUCGAUAACCUCUUUUGUGGAUUCUUAUUACGAUCUGUACGCACGUCAGUAUGUACAAGACGUGCAGACUUUCGCAAAGAAUAAAUUUAUCUCCAGAGGAGCUUUGGAUGUGCCUACUAACAGCAGCGGGGAGAUACCGUAUGCUACCAUCCUUCAUGAAAUUGUCAGCGAUGACUAUUUCUCGAAGCUUAACUGA